AUGGCGUCCAACUUGAAGCGACCUGUUGGAGACGACCAAUCUCAGGAUAUCAAGCGGGUCAAGCUCGAUCCUGAUCAACAGCUCAUCACCAAAUUCUUCACCAAGCAGAGCACUGAAGAUGUUGGCGAUGACCAGGAGAGCUCGGGAGCGCCCUCGCCGGUUGAACCUGCGAGUAACUCGGAGCACGACUCGGAAGUGCCUCCGCCAAUUUCACCUGCGGACAAUUCGGAGUCAAGCUCUGAGCUUUCCACUCCACCCUCAUCGCCGCCCGGAUCGCCGCCCGGAUCGCCGCCUGCAUCGCCGCCCUCAGCCCCGGCUGUAGCUCAGCCGGGACAACCUUUGGUUUGGGCCGACAAGAGGCAGUCCUUGUGCUCUGCACUGCCUUGGUUCAAGUCCUACCAGGGUGGCCUCCAUACCGGUGGUGGCUUCAUCAAAGGCCUUCUCAUUGAUGCUGAAGCUCGCAACAGAGAUGUUAUUGGAUCUGACGUGAUCAUGACAAACAUCGGUGGAGGCAAAGUCGAUGAUGGAAGUGGCAAGCGCGUCCACAUCGCAGACCAGGAUGAGGGCCGAUACGUCAAGGCACUCAGAGCCAACAGAGAUGCGAAGAAGCCCAUAGGCGUGAUUCUGGGUAAGAAAUUGCAACUACGACCCAAACAUGCUCUCGUCCUGACAGAUCAACUAGGCAAGAACUACCCUCACCAGCCGGGACCGCAGCUUCAAAAGCGCUACUCUGUUCUGGAAUGGUUUCACGUUGUCGACGUGUUCCAGGAGAAAUACCAGUCCAACCCGAACACCCCUCUGGUGACUCUCUGGGCGCUUCGCCUGGAAAAGAUAAAGGAUGAGGAGACAUCUUGGUGGUCCGAUGGACACACUGCGAUAGACACUCCGGUCGAUGCUCCUCUUCCAGUUGAAAAGUGUGGAGAGUGCGACCAAGACCACCCGCAAAUCUUCACCCAGGGAUGGACCUGUCUCAAGGCGGACUGCACCGAGUUCUUCAACUUCCGCAAUGUCCCUGUCGAGCUCAGUGAGCUCGUAUAUUCGCCCCAGUAUCUCGGACAGCGAACCAAGUUCCAAGGCGAUGCUGAUCUCCUCCCUCCGAUCAUGCCCCCACUCCCAGACACGGAGUAUUUCCCCGAGGACAAGGAAGCCACCUACGGAACCGAAGAAACGUUCCGUCAAGGAAUGGUCUGCCACCGGUGUGGAGGGUGCUCGAGUCGCCGCUUCUGGACCCACUGGCAGUGCGAGAAUCCUGACUGUGAAUACAUUCACAAAGCUGGAAUGAUCAAAUAUCCGCUGAAGAAUGUCCUCAUCGAGAACAAGGCGCUGAAGAAGCUGAAGGCCAGGUCAAAGAGCUGCAGAAGCUCGUUUCCCUCUCAGUCGAGCGAUCCUUUCGAGUUGAGCAAGCACGACGGCUUGAAGCGCAUCGAAGACCGCAAAUAUGGAGCUUAUACUGCGGCUACCUAUUUGCUCCCAGGUCCUGACAAGGAGACAAUUGGCACAGUCACGAUCCUCCGUUCAGAUUCGACGAUCAACGGCCAGCCUGGUGGAGCCGACUCGCUCUGGGAACAGCUCGAGGGCAAUGAGGAUCUCGAUCUGAAGAGAAAUCCUGUGCGUCAUCCAGGUCGCUCCUCGGAGAUCCUCACUCGGCACUUUGGCAAGAACUAUGGCUCCCCAUACAAGUUUGUGGUAUCUGUCGAGUCGAGCGCUUUCAAAGGUGCUCCACAACCAAUUCUGAAGGCUCUGAUGAUGAUGACUUGGGCCGGUGAAAAGGUCAUCUCGGACAUGGCGGACAUCGUUACUGAGGCCUGGGACCCGGCACUCGUGCCCAACGUCUACCAGGAUUUCAACGAACUUCUUCAUCUGGGAUACAUGGAGAAAGACAAAAUUGAUUACCAUGAUGAUGGAGAGAGCGAGCUGGGCCCAACGGUUGCAACCCUCUCCUUGGGUUCGCCAUCGACCAUGUCUUUCAAGCCCAAGCGGAAAUCGGGCGUCUAG